AUGAAUUGUUUUGGACCAAUUAAUACGUCCUUGGUCCUGAGACUGGACUUCCAAACACUAGGGCCCAACAGUAAUAAAGGUUGUCCCAUCACCAUAUGCCAAGGCCCCAAUUCCAAAGGCAAGAGAUGCAACACAUUCUGCUGGAAGAAGGGGUAUUCAAAAUUCCCAUUGUCCUCACCCUCUGUUACCACAACACCUUCAUUUCCUGCACCGUCACAGGCAUUCUGGAUUCCUCCCUGCCACAUAUUCAAAAUCACUGUUGUCCCCACCUUCCACUACUGCACCAGUGCCUUCAUUGCCUCUGCCAUCACAGGCUUCCAGGUCCACUGCAUCUUUCCCUGCCACACCACAAGCUAUCGGAGGAAGUGCUGUUUCUGUUGCAAGCAUUGUAUCACCAAGGGUGGCUGUGGUUCCAGGACCCAUACCAGUGCCCUUUCUUCAUCCACACCUACAUGCCCAAACCCCAUCCUUGCUCAACUGAGUAGCUCUUGCCCUGCCUCUCCCUCACUUACCCAACCUCCUUUGUCAAUGACUGGUGCUGGUGAUGUGCCACUUUUCCCAGCAGUACCUUCUCCUUCCCCUACCUUUGACCCUCAGAGCCUUGAUGCUUGGCCAAAUCCACGCUUCAACUCCCACAUGCCCAGUGAUGUGCCAGUCAUUGACUAA